AUGCCGAGCUCUUGGGAUCUGUCGUCUUCACAGUCGGCGGUAACAGACUGGCUGCCGUAUUGGGGAGCUCCCACAGCGGCUGUGAAGUAUGUAUGAUGUCCCAAUCCCGCCUCAGGUCCAUAGCCAAGGGUACCAAACACUGCACAUCCUUACCUUUCGCUUCGGGUUGACCAAUUGUCGGCUAACGAGGACGUCGAGCUAGCUUCUGUGAAGAGGUUCGUCACUUGUGCAUUCAAUGCAGAGACGGCGACGCUGAUCAUGAAGCCAGGACUAUGUCGUCACGAAAUAUAUUGCCGAAUUCUUCAACACCUUGACGAGUCUGGCAUACAGUAUGUAGCGCUGGGAUUCUUUGAGACCGCCAUACUGAACACAUUGACUAGUCCUCUAUGGCAUCCACGGAAUCCAACGGUACAAGCGCCAUGAUGUCGGCACCUUCUCGACCCCGAACCUGUCAUAUUGGGCCUUAAUCGGCGUCGGAAUCUUCUCUGGCCUAUAUCACACCACUUUGAAGUACCAUACGCAGAUGUGUAUGUGUGCAUGAUUUUUCUCAGAACAUCAGGAAGCAAAACUGACGAGACAACUCAGCCGACGAAUUGUCUAUGCACCUGGCCAUCGGAACCGUUCUUCACCAGCUGUACACUUUCAACGAGCCGCCGCACAUUCAGCGUCGCAACACAGCCAUCAUCCUGGGGAUUCUGAUCCCCUUCGUAAUCUAUCAUUGCGUGACGGACGAGUUCGUGCUGCACAUCGCCAUGUUCUUCAGCAUGUCGUGGAUUGUAGGCUUCAGGACGCGAAAAGUCAUCGCGAGUCGAAUCAAGGAGAAAGAACGCCAGGACAAGAUCCGCUCGCUGGUGACAUUCGCCACUUGGACGGCGCUCGGCGCUUAUGGGAUCUGGAAUAUCGACGUCAAUUUCUGCCCAACUCUUACCAAGUGGAAACAGAAUGUGGGCAUGCCGUGGGGCGUCUUGCUGGAACUGCACGGAUACUGGCACUUGUUGACAGCGAUCUCUUCCUACACUUUUAUGGCUGUCAUUGAAUUUCUGCUCAGUCCAGACGGUAUUCACAGCCAUGGUAUUGGAUUUGCCUGGCCAGUCAGAGCUGUACUACACGACAUUGCUCCGAAGCAAGUGGCGAAGAACCUCCCGAAUGGCCACGAGAAGGGGAAUUGA